AUGAAGAUAUCAAACCAAAGAAGCAUUGUCCACCUUGACCAUUCAGGGGAGUUGGCCUUCCAGAAAAAAGUGAAGGUCUACCAGACCCACAACGUGGAGAGCCAUAUUCUGGAGCUCACAGCGGACUUGGCUGCUUUGAAAACUCAGCUUGCACGUGUGAUUGCAAAGUUCCCGUUCACCUUAAAACAGGGGGAGAGCAAGACGAUUAUGGGGAAAAUUUCACAAAAAGAGUGUAGGGAUGCCGUCGUGCAAGUGAUGUCACAGGUGUUAGUGUUAAUGAAGAAAUGCGCCGUGUACUACCAGCGGCUCCUGGAAGACCUUGCCCAAUUUCUGGAAGAGGCCCCUAAAAUAGUGGCCGAGUACGCAGACUUGAACCGCAUGUUGGGCGAUGCAUACCUUGAUUUCAGUGCGUUACCCAAGCGGUGCCUGGAGCUCAUUGAGUCCGAGAGCUGUUUCCGCGCCAGGGUCACUUUCGACAAAAUGUUCAAGUGCCACCAGUACUUGCUCGGUGAGACCAAGCGGUUCAAGAAGGCCACCCACGACAAAAUUACCUCGUUGGCCCGCGUGUCCGAGCUCACCGAGUUCUCCGAUCGCUUGAUUGUGCUUGUCAAUCUCGUGCACGACUACAUCUACGCGGUCUCCCAGGAAGACGAGCUCGUGUGUUUGAUGCGGCAGAUCUACGUGCCGGGAUACAUGUGCGUGGGUCACGAACACCUUGCGGUGAAACAGGCGUACCGUGCGUUGGUCAGUUACUAUGAGCGAUUGCGGUCGCCCGCCGAGAUGUUGAAGGCGGUGCUGCCCGUAGCACGCAGCCUCCAGCAGGUGUUUUUGAUGGCGGGCCGUGCUGAGGACAACCUCUCCUACUACUAUAAGGAGGCGAUUCUCCCACUCCAGACUGGGCUCGAUGCCAAGAUCCGCCAGCGCGAGGCUGAUUUGGGUGAAGGCGUUGUUUUUGACUAGUAGUGAUGUGAACGAAAAGGGAAAAUAGUAGAAUAAAGGAAAUGUCAGAACAAGGAAAAUCCCAGAAGUUGAGAGCGACAGGAAGAAGGGUGAUGGCAGAAAUACGAUGGAGUAUUUAGUGCUAGUGGGAUGGAGGAGAGUAAGAGGAGAAGGGUUGGAAGAGGAUGAGCCCCGAAGAGAGC